UUCAUGCUUUUAUUGUUAAUGACAUUUUCUUUGUUCAUUCAUUCAAACGACAGGAAGACAGAAAAAGAAGGAAGGGGUGGGGGAUGCCCCAAUACCACUUCCUUUCAGACCCAGUACAAGUACUGACAUGUAUAUGACCAGUACAGUCCAGUAGAGACCUAACCCUGACCCACUGAAAAACAUGAAUGUCAUUGUUUAUCAUUCAUUCUGAUGGAUUUGGCUAAUUCCACCUAACUUGCUAACUGCUAAUUCCAGCUAACAUGCUAACUGUGCUCUCUGCUGCAGGAGACUCUCUCAACACGGUGACCUUUGACAUUUCGAAAGAGGGCAGCGGCUCGUCAGUGGUGGAACAGGCAAACAUCUGGAUCUUCCUGAAGAUGUCGAAGGGAACCCGAGUGAAAGGCAAAGUGACACUGCGGCUGCUGCAGCUUCAUCAUGAGGAUGAUGAUGGGGAGGAGCAGUGUGUUUCAGAGAAGAUGGUGGACACUCGUCGCAGCGGCUGGCACACCCUCGCCGUCUCCCACAGCGUUCAGACUCUGCUGGACGGCGGCAGCACCUCGCUCAGCCUGCGGGUUUCCUGCCCGCUGUGCGCCGAGGCCGGAGCCUUGCCCGUCCUGAUGCCUGCCGUCGUCGUCCAAACCGUCGGGCGAGAUCAGUCUCACCGACCGUUCCUCAUGGUGGUGCUGCGAGCCGGAGAGGAAGCGGCUCAGCGACGAGUCAAACGAGGUCUGGAGUGCGAAGGGAAAAUACGCAUCUGCUGCAAACGACAGUUUUACGUGAACUUCAAAGAUAUCGGCUGGAACGACUGGAUUAUCGCUCCGUCUGGUUACCAUGCCAACUACUGCGAGGGCGACUGUCCCAACCACAUGGCGAGCUUCAGUGGCUCGUCGUUGUCCUUCCAUUCAACAGUCAUCAAUCAUUAUCGUAUGAGGGGCUACAGCCCGUUUCAAAACAUCAAGUCGUGCUGCGUGCCGACGAGGCUGCGCGCUAUGUCGAUGCUGUACUACAACGAAGAGCAGAAGAUCAUCAAGAAAGACAUCCAGAACAUGAUCGUGGACGAGUGCGGCUGCUCGUAAACACUCAGAAAGACAUCGGAAACACUUCCCGUUUCCUGCAGGAAAAAUAUAAGUUCAGCACUUUCCCAGAAAAGAUUAAGUAUUUCUGUUUAGUGACAAAGCUUCAUAUUUCUUAUUGGGAGAGGCUCUUUUCCACAUUGGAACGACCUGAGAAUAGUAUGCAAACGUUAUCUGUCUACAUGUUUAUGUGUGAUUUGUCUGUUGUAUUCCAUUGUUUUUCUAUUGUUUUCUAUUGUUAAGGUUCAACCUGUGUAAAACAUUCUGAUGUUGUUGAGAUACUUGAAAGAAAUGUGUUCAAGUGGCUGCUGGAGUCAAAUAUUAUGAUUAUUUGUAUUAUUAUUAUAAUCACUAUUAUAAUGAUUAUCAAUAUUAUUAUUAUUAGUUUUAGUUUUGAUAUUAUUAUUGAAUAAAUUCAAUGUUGAUAUUUCCACAACAUUGGUGGCAGAGAUUUAAAUUCAGAAGAAAGCCAAAGAACCAGAUGAUGAAGUACGAACAGUCAGUUAACGAGCUGUGAGUAAAUUAACUGGACGAUGUUUCAGUUAACGAGCUGUGAGUAAAUUAACUAGACGAUGUGUCAGUUAACGAGCUGUGAGUAAAUUAACUAGACGAUGUGUCAGUUAACGAGCUGUGAGUAAAUUAACUGGACGAUGUUUCAGUUAACGAGCUGUGAGUAAAUUAACUAGACGAUGUGUCAGUUAACGAGCUGUGAGUAAAUUAAAUAGACGCUGUCAGUUAAGGAGCUGUGAGUAAAUUAACUGGACGAUGUGUCAGUUAAUGAGCUGUGAGUAAAUUAACUAGACGCUGUCAGUUAACGAGCUGUGAGUAAAUUAACUAGACGAUGUGUCAGUUAACGAGCUGUGAGUAAAUUACCUAGACGAUGUGUCAGUUAACGAGCUGUGAGUAAAUGAACUAGACGAUGUGUCAGUUAACGAGCUGUGAGUAAAUGAACUAGACGAUGUCAGUUAACAAGCUGUGAGUAAAUGAACUGGACGAUGUGUCAGUUAACGAGCUGUGAGUAAAUUAACUAGAUGCUGUGUCAGUUAACGAGCAGUCAGGAAAUUAACUAGACGAUGUGUCAGUUAACGAGCUGUGAGUAAAUGAACUAGACGAUGUGUCAGUUAACGAGCUGUGAGUAAAUUAACUAGAUGCUGUGUCAGUUAACGAGCAGUCAGGAAAUUAACUAGACGAUGUGUCAGUUAACGAGCUGUGAGUAAAUUAACUAGACACUCUGUCAGUUAACGAGCUGUGAGUAAAUUACCUAGACGAUGUGUCAGUUAACGAGCUGUGAGUAAAUUACCUAGACGAUGUGUCAGUUAACGAGCUGUGAGUAAAUUAACUAGACGAUGUGUCAGUUAACGAGCUGUGAGUAAAUGAACUAGACAAUGUGUCAGUUAACGAGCUGUGAGUAAAUGAACUAGACGCUGUGUCAGUUAAUGAGCUGUGAGUAAAUGAACUAGACAAUGUGUCAGUUAACGAGCUGUGAGUAAAUGAACUAGACGAUGUGUCAGUUAACGAGCUGUGAGUAAAUGAACUAGACGCUGUCAGUUAACGAGCUGUGAGUAAAUGAACUGGACGAUGUGUCAGUUAACGAGCUGUGAGUAAAUGAACUAGACGAUGUGUCAGUUAAUGAGCUGUGAGUAAAUGAACUAGACGAUGUGUCAGUUAACGAGCUGUGAGUAAAUGAACUAGACGAUGUGUCAGUUAACGAGCUGUGAGUAAAUGAACUGGACGAUGUGUCAGUUAACGAGCUGUGAGUAAAUGAACUAGACGAUGUGUCAGUUAAUGAGCUGUGAGUAAAUUAACUAGACGAUGUGUCAGUUAACGAGCUGUGAGUAAAUGAACUAGACGCUGUCAGUUAACGAGCUGUGAGUAAAUGAACUAGACGCUGUCAGUUAACGAGCUGUCAGUAAAUGAACUAGACGAUGUGUCAGUAUUAUUAUCGUAGUAUUAUUAGUUAUAGUUAGUGAUUAUAAGUUAUUUGGUGAAACAAAAACUCAAUGAAAAUGUGUCUUUGAUUGUUGCUUCAUUGUGAAAAGAAUAAGAAAUAUUGUCAACUUUAUAUAAUUUAUUUGUAUUUUUUGUCCUUUUUAGUUCCAUCAUUAAACAACGAC